AUGGAUAGAGCAUCUAUGGAGCACCACCAUAACGAAAACGAUGGUACACAUCUCAGUCCAAGCUCAGAUGACGGCUCAAGUGGGUGUAAUGAUCCUGGGAAGAUGUUUAUUGGAGGUCUGAGCUGGCAAACUACCGCCGAUGGAUUACGCGAGUAUUUUGGCAAAUUUGGCGAAGUUACGGAAUGUAUGGUAAUGAGAGAUCCAGCUACCAAGAGAGCUCGGGGCUUUGGUUUCAUAACUUUCGCAGACCCAGCAAGCGUUGACAAAGUUUUGGCGCACGAUCAUCAUGAGCUUGAUGGCAAAAAGAUUGACCCCAAAGUCGCUUUUCCGAAAAGAACUCAGCCAAAGGCGAGUAAUAAUUAUUUUCAUUUUAUUCUUAAUGUCAGAAUAAAGCUGCAUUCUCAUUUAUCUUAUUCUGACAUGAUUAUCAAGACAAAGAAGGUUUUCAUUGGUGGGCUUUCGGCAGCAUCAACAUUAGAUGACAUGAAGAGUUAUUUUGAGCAGUAUGGCAAGGUGGAAGAUGCAAUGUUAAUGUUCGAUAAAGCGACGCAGCGUCAUCGAGGUUUCGGGUUUAUAACGUUUGAUAAUGAUGAUGUAAGCGACAAGGUGUGCGAAAUUCAUUUUCACGAAAUUAAUGGGAAGAUGGUGGAAUGCAAAAAAGCUCAGCCGAAGGAGGUAAUGUUACCUGUUCAGCUAAACAAAAGCAGAGCAGCUGCGGCUCCAGCUUACACUUCCUUCUAUCCUCGACUCGGAGCUUAUGGUGCUAACUUACUUUAUCCGGGUGUCUUAAAUGGUUUUCAAUCAUAUGCUCCAUUGACCCCUGCUUCACCACCGGGUAAUACGGCGGGUAACGGCCUAGCAAACGGUGUGGUUCAACGCGGUUUCAAUGCGGCAGCUGCACAAGCUGCGCAACAAGUCGCUGCAUUGGAAGCACUUUACGGAGUUGGUGCCGAGCCUUACGCUGGUAUCUAUCCACCACUGCAUCAUCAAGCGGCUCAUGUUCCUCAUACUUUUCAUAAAGUCUAA